AUGGCGUUUCCUGCUGUAGACUCAGUCGAGGCCGUGACCCGGCGGUUCAAGGAGCUCCUUGAGAAGGCUCGAAAGGUCAAGCCCAGCGAUUCUAUCGAGCCGCAGAUCUCCGCCACCGAUCUACUGGACGGCGAAUCGCUGCUCUUGAGUGAAAAUAUCCAGAAUCAGGUGUCUCACAACACCGUUGCAGAAAUUGCCGCAAAGAAUCUCUUGCACCACCUCGUGGCGACCACCACCAUCGAUGAUCCUUCGUUUGUCCAAGUCUGGAAUCUCCUUGACGUAGUCUUGACAUGCAGCGAGCGCAACCAGUGUGACGGCUUGCUCAUAUUCUAUCUUGCUGAAGAGCUGCUUGACAGUCAGAGCAUUGAUGGAUGCAGGCGGGUUUUCGACUACCUCGAAUCUCGGAGGGAACGCCUAGUAGCCGGUGACUUUCUCCAAAACUCAGGCGCCAGCAAGCGUAUAGUCGUGCUACGAUUCUGCAACGAAUUGCUCCGGCGGCUGUCUCGUGCGGAGGACGCAGUGUUCUGCGGACGCGUCUUCAUUUUCCUGUUUCAGACAUUCCCUCUUGGCGACAAGAGCUCGGUCAACUCACGCGGCGAGUUUCACGUCGAAAAUGCAACGGUGUUCGACGAACCCGCAUCUUCCAAGGACGAAAAGUCCGAUGGGAUGGAAUUAGAUCCCGACUCAAAGCAGGAAGUUCCAUCAAUUACGACUGAGAGCGCACCUACGGAUGAUGAUGCCAAGGCGGAACAGAAGAAGGAUAGCCGAGUACUGGACACCGAUCCGCUGUAUCCCAUCUUCUGGACCUUGCAACAAGCUUUCUCCAAUCCGCCGAAGCUGUUCUCGGACGAGUACCUUACUGAAUUCAAGAAUGGGAUCGAACAUACCAUUGCCAAAUUCAAGGAUGUCCCGAAAGUCAUGCCGACGAAGAAACAGGAUAAGAGCGACGACAAGGAAGGGCCUAAAAACGAAAGCAAGCCCGAGGGCAGGGCGGAGAGAAGAGACGAGAGUGCUGGUGUCGAAGAUGGCCGAGGGGUAAAGCGAAAGCACGACGACGCCGAGGAGGAGUUCGCAAGCCCCUAUAACCCAAAAUACCUAACGAGCCGAGACCUGUUCGAGCUAGAGCUGAGCGAUUUGGCAUUCCAGAGGCACAUCCUGGUGCAGGCGCUGGUCCUCCUUGAUUUCCUACUAUCAUUGACAGAGAAGUCGAAGGAGAAGACCCAAAAAUGGUUGUCGGCCGUGAACAAUCCGAAUCGAGCUGUUCAAUACACUUACACUCUAAGUGCUGCAGAUGCCGAAUGGGCAUCAAAGACCAGGACAGCGAUCACGACUUAUCUCCAGCUUCUCCCGGACGGCAAAUUCUAUUACCGGAUGGUGGACACGGUCCUCUCUCGCGACAAAAACUGGGUCCGUUGGAAGAUGGAGAGCUGUCCACCAAUCGCACAGCCGCCUGUUUCUCCCAGCGAGUUCCAGGAGGCCAAGACAGGAGCACAGCGUGCGUGCACGAACAAGCGGCUCAAGUCGGCCGCGCUGGGGUCGUUGAACCUGUCAUUUCUCUCUGAUGCGGCGGCGAGCAGUGGGCUGCAGGGGCUGAAGGAGUCGUCCAGGUACACUAUCCCCACGGCCGAAUCGCUGCACAGGGGAAUACAGGAGGACGAAUUAGAUUUGGAGAUGGCCAUGACGGACGAGGAUAAGCACAGGUUGCAGGAGGCUAAAGCAAGCAAAACGUGGAGGGCGCUCCGCAUUGCAUCCAAGGACAGGCUAAGCUUAUUCGACAAGAUCGACGACGGCAGGCAGCUCCAGGCGCUGUUCGAGCCCGAAGGCGGCGACGACGCGGGCAAAGACGAGCGGACGGCGACCGAGACGGCGGAGGGCAAGGUUGACGGGUCCGUGGCGGAAGCGGCAUCGCAGGUGCAGAUGCAGGAGGAACAACGGGCCGAGCAGCAAGGCAGUCAAGUGACAACACGGUGA